GUCUAGUACAGUUGUACAGAUCCCAGCAAUUCGAGUUAGGCCUCCAUACAUUACCGUUAUGUGCAGCCCUUUUAAGUGGCGACCAGUCUAAUCAACUUCCGGGUGCAAUCCUCAAGCAAGACGGGCGGAGAUAACAAGCUAAACGGACGGAGAUGGACAUCGAAGAUCAGCGUGAUGAUCAAAAUCUGUUUCACGAUGCAUGUAGCCUGAACGGUAUGACAUCACUGACGUGUGAGAAGAGUGUGCCGAGCGAAUCAGUUGCUCGGGACGAGUCAUUCUGUCCGGCACAAGCAGGGGACGCUGGCUCACGGCCUCUAGAAGGGACCAGGAGCAACAAAAGGGAUGGACAAAAGGACAGCGCCGUUUGCAUUCGUCCACCUUAUCCCGAUCCGUCCGGGGAGGGUAUGCAUGAAGCCGCGAGAAGGCGCCUUCGCUUUUCCCAGUUAAGGAGGGGUGGUUCAUCCAUCCGCACUCUUCCGGCUGUUUGGGGGGACGAAACCCUUUCCAAAGAAGCAAGCAGGGAUAGAGUUAACUGGUUAGUAGUGUGAGUGACGACAGUGCCAUCGACGUCAGCAUGUUUACCGCAAGUGUCAGCUUUCAGAGUGACGGGACAAUUGAGGAGGAAACGGUGUUAAAAGCAGAGGAUUCCUUCGACACAGCUUCAGAAAUAACUCCACAUAAUCGGGUAUGCUAUCCCAGAACGGAAAAUGAACGUUCUGACACAGACAAGAACGCUACCAAGGCAAAUCAGGUAGAUUUGAGUUUUCAGAUGGCCGUUAAGGGUCCUGAAAGAAAUUGGAGUCGUCAGUUGGACGAGAUGGGUCCUAAGACAAUUGAGAUAGGUUGGAGUCUUCAGUUGGACAAAGUGGGUUCUCAGACAAAUCGGACCGAUUCGAGUCUUCAAAUGGACGAGGCCGAUCCUCAGACCAAUCCCAGUCUUCACAUAGACGAGGUCUCUCCGAUAAAUCCCAAUUUUCAAACUGACGAAUUUGGUCCUCAGACAAAUCCCAAUUUUGAAAUGGACGAGGUUUGCCCUCAGACAAACCCCAAUUGUCAAAUUGACGAGGUGUGUCCUCAGACAAAUCAGGGAGAUCCGAGUUUUCAAAUAGCCCAGUUCGACACCACAUUUAAUGGUCUACACCCAGUGCGUUUCCUCAGGCGCUUAUUCCGUUGGCUGUGUUUCUGUAACCAUACAUCGGAGAUCGACACAGACAAGGAGGCUUUAACAAACCCGGGCUUUUCAACGGAAGAUGCCGAUGAAUCGAGCCAUUCCGUCGCUCUAAGUGGAGAGCCCGAAUCUGGAUCUGUAUUUUCGGGAUCAUCAUCUUGCCCUGAUGAUGGGGGAAGUUCAAAUCAGUCAACGAUCAUGGAAGAAAUCCAACAUGUCAUUCUUCCGAAAGAAGAUUUACUUGAAUUGUUUGACAAGAUGUGUCAAGAAGCAAAAGAGAUGAACAUUAACGUAGUCGGUCGGGUUGUUCAGAUCUUCAACUUUGCUGCUGCAAUGUUGGAUAGUCGUGGUGGGUUUCUGUCUAUUGAUGCCUUAGGUGUUCACCUGUAUAUUCCACCAGGCGCCAUACCUGUUGAAGAAUUAUCUCAGCGAGUUUACGUCUAUGUCCAAGGAGGCCUUACCAGUGGUGGCAACUAUCUCACUCCGUAUGUCCAUUGUGGACCCUCGGGAUUUCACUUCAGCAAGGAUGUCUUCUUAAUCUUGCCCCAUUGCGCCAAGGAAGCCGUGGGGACCGAGUUUUCUUGCAUCAAGUCCACCUCCAGUGGGCUUCAGAAGCUAGAAGGAGGUAAAGAUGGAACGUUGCUCGUCAAAACUAAUUCUGUCUUGAUGACGAUGAGCCACUUCUGUGGACUUGCCGCAUAUGGAUCACCUUCAGUUAAAUUCAUGGUAGCAUGUGUAUUCAUCAAAGGAAUGCCCAACGGUAGAUUAAUGGUUCGUGUUCGACUGUUUGACGAUACAAAGGCAAAUUUUCAGGAAGUUAAGACGGUUGAGACGAAAAAUGGCUUUAACCAGGUGGACAUGCGUGAACAUUUGGAGGUGAGGCGCUGUGAUCCAGGAAAAGACAUUAAAAUGAGCAUGUGUUCAGAUGUACAUUCGUGGGAAAUAACCGAACCAGAAAGAGGCUGGCAGACAAUUCAACAUUCGAUCCUGUGGCGGGAAUAUGGGCCUGAAAAUCUACCGUCACUCCCAUCCAAGAUAUUCCAGGCAAGUGUCUGUGCUGCCUCGCAGACAGAAGCUUUUCAGGGUAGUCUGAAGAUCUUCCAAGAAGGUCGAGAGGACCACAGUGUGGACUUUAUUGUGAACUUUUCGCCCAAUGCUGUCAAACCAAGAAGUCCUGAACAGGCCACUGAAGAGCGAAUCAGGGAAAUUUGUCGGCAGCAGAUACUGGAACAGCUACGAGGCCCUUCUUGCUCCGAGACCAGACUGCUGGAUGAAGAUAUCAUGAACAAGCUCUGCAGCCUUCUGGAUGAUAUCAGUCCAAUUGGGCGCGACUGGCGCAUGCUGCCAGAGAACCUUACCGGCCUGAAGAGCAAAGGUCACAGCUGGGUAGAAAGCAUCGAAAUACGGACCGCGAGCUGGCCGUUUAGAAGUCCCACUGAGUUCGUUCUCGAUGCGUUCUUUGCAGCGUCGAGGGAAAGCAAGAUCGGGGAAAGAUGCACUCUGGAGGAACUGAAAAAAGGUCUCCUCAGCCUGAGCCGGUUGGAUAUCCACUUUGCCAUCCAAGCUAUCACUGACAAGUUAAAACAAGGCAAGCAUGGUAUUGAUUAUAGACAACGAAUAGAGAGUGGCUAUGUAAGUGGUUCGCAUCCUGACAGUGAUGAUCUGUAGAUUUAGGAAGCCAUGUCUUAGGUCUUUGAUUUAAACCGAGUGUGUCCAAUCAGGUUGUAAAUAUUUAGAGAGAUUGAUAGAAUGUUGCUUAAUUUAAUAUCCGUCAGACGACGUUUUUCUCUUUGUAAAACGAUCCGACUUGUUUGAUAAAAGGGCUUAAAAAUUAAAAACAAAACACUGUUAGGGCUAGAUAAAAUGCACAGCGUGAAUUUCUCUGAAUCUACUGUUGCAUCAAUUAAAGCAUAGAAAAAUAAACACGCUGCGAUAGGUUUCGGAUGCAAUUAUAAGUAACUUGCAAUUGUAAAUUCAUGCGUGAGCUAAACCUCGGAUUUGGCUUUAUAACCAUAGCUUAAAUGUUAGAAAUGAAGACAUAUUCUUCUAAAGAGUGUAGACGUACUGUGAGGUUGGGCUAGAAAAGGUGUCACUAUGAACGAAUACAGAAGCCGUUUUAUUGGCAACGGAAACGGUUCGACCUACUGUGGCUCCGUUUUCAACUAGAGAGGUUCGCUAUGUCUACUCAACAUCACACAUGUACUGUUUCCAUAAUUUAUAGUCCCUUUGCACAUUACGUCAACGUUUUAUGGGGAGCCUUACAUCUAGCUUUUGAAGGAAAAUGGCUUUCGAGAAAAUAGCCCAAAACGUUUCUCCUCUUUCGACACUGCUAAACCAAUAAGUUUUUGCAGUAGAAAAACCUGACAUGAUUAUUUGAGAGCUAAACUUUUGCACAAACCAAGUGAUCAAAAAGAAUACAGUGAUUAAUUAGCCGAAAUCAAUCGCCGGAAGUAAAGAUCAGCGUCCGUUCUUGAAAUCGAUACUCUACGACGAAGUGAAAUCUGUCUGUCAGUAUUGGUAAUUUGGAAAUGCCGCAAAUUCUGCUUUGCAUUUAAUUUAGAAUCUACGGUUUUGAUGUAUUUUUCCUUAUACACGUAUACUGUCUUGCAAACAACAUUUAAUUAAUGUGAUUUUAAUAUAAUAGACAAGUUAAUUAUACUCUGGAAACAUUCGCGGUCCCAGUCUUUUGAUCGUUGGUUCGUCGAUUCAAUGUGACAUAAUUAUUCGCACAAACACACCGCGGAGCGGCACCGCAGAUAUAACCCACUGUGAAUAAUGACUACUCUUGACGAGUGGUGCGGUAAAACUGAAAUCUAGAUGAUCCAUGAAGCAGUCUAUUUCUCUCGAGGUUCGUGAGCGAAUGGACCGGAAAACAACCAUUGAUCAACAAAUAACGACUGCUUAUGAGUGCAAUUGUAAGAAUCAUUUCAGGAAGUGACAGGGCGGAGUCAAACCGUUCAAAUCGAACAUUUUAUCAGUCAUCAAGUUAAAGAUCUUUAACAUCGCACAAGUGUAAAAAAUUCAUAAUUUGUUUUAUACAGUACCUGCAUAAACUCUCUUCUGUUAGGAGAACAAAUAGGUCUGUCAUUUUUCGGAACAGAUUCGUGUCCGAAGCGAUACCUCUCUGUAGUAUCGUGCAAUCUUAGAUUAUUUUCUGUACCUACUUUAUUUUCCUCUUCCUUACUAGAAAUGAAAUAUAUAAAAUUCGGGCGGGAACUAGUCAAGUAAAAUGAAGUUCUAUUCAACGGGUAUCGUGAAUAUCGACCUUAUGCGUUAACUUAGGUGGUUCAGAGGCAAUUCUUUGUUAGUUUAAUGUAAUUACAAUGAAUACACAAAAGGUUUACCCGAGCCUAUCCCAGAGGAAGAACGAAAAACCCUCUAACGAGUCGUCAUACCCCCAUAUGGUCCAUAACAAACAAUUUCAGGACAUGUUAUUAACUAUCCACCAAUCAGAUGACUGGGAUUUAUGAAGGUAUUGUAUAACUUUCUGUGAGUGUGGUAUGGGUGUCUCUUUUUACUCGUGGGUCUUUUUCAAUCAAUUUACCCUGGACUUGCAAAAUUGGUUGUUGGUGUUUGCUUAGUACGUUAUCAUCGAGUCACUUCACGAGUAAGCUGCAGCUGUUCGCUCUAUAAUUUGGAUCUUACCAUGGUGGAGCGACAGGAGUUCAGUGGUCAACUUUUGAAGAUAAUCCAUUGAAGCGACUAAUUCAAGGGCCAAGAUAAGUCUCCUGAUGUUACAAAAGAAAACGUGGUAAGUCCCUUUUUACCAAUGUUAAGCAGUUAUUGAAGGGGCGAAGGGAGCUAAAUGCUUCAUGGAUUUCUGAAUUACCUGGUUUGAUGAGUCGCUGUUCUUUCACCUUUUUAAUUCGUGUACUAUUUUUAUUAAGAGUCUGCCCGCGGAAGCACAAUGGGAAACGGAAAUGUUUACAAAAUUGAUUCCAGCCAGAGUUUUUUUUUCUGUGAACUGAGUUAGGAAUUUACUGCUGGAUAAAUUGAACUACCUGUAUUAAAUCCAGAAGAAUACUUGUUGAAAUAAAGAAGUAAAGUUUACUCUCAAUAACUGAUUUUACAAAUUACUAAAUGAGAGCAAAUCACUGUGCUGUCGUUGCAACUUUCAGUCCGUGGUGUAUCUCUAUGAAUAGACGGUGAAUCUUUCUGGGAAAAGUUCGUUGCAUUGUAUCUUCUGCGAUUGUGAUAAGUCGUGCACACAAGUGAGCUUGUUUAGAGAAGAAUUUCAGGCAAAGAAAAUUAGGACUACACAGCUGAAUAAACUCAGAUGAAGACGAAAAUUAAGGCUAAAAUAAAGGCAGUCCAUUUGGGCGUACUACUGGCGAAAUCCCGUUUACUCUUCGAAUCAUAAAAGAAGACGGGUUUGGAAAUGGUCACCCAUCAAAAUGAUCAAGUGAACGUGAGGUUGAAAGAACAACACAGUUGGGAAGUUCCCUUAAAAGGUUGAAUUUAAUAAUUAUCCAUUUUUUUCUUUGUGAAAGUUGAUAGCAUUUACCACAAGAGAGCGACAAGUCUUUUAUGUUGAAAGUUCAUUACCACGAGCUGAACAUGAAGAGAGGAUGGGUUUUCCCACAAUUGCGAAAUUGCCUACAUACAUGUAAUAAGGCACCGAAGUAAAGCGAGAUAUAUAUAGUUAUUACUGUUAGAGCAGUUAAUUGUCUAACUUUCGUUUUAACACUUGUUUUCCUGUUGUGACGAUUCGCAAAACAAUACCUUUACCUUAUUUCUGAUCGCUGCGAUCCGCAAAAGGAUUUAGCUUUUCUCAACACAAAGCAUGGUUUCCGAUCGCCGCGCCGCGAAAUUAAUAACAUAAUAACAUCAACAGUAACUUCUGACUUUCCGGUCGUUGCGAUCCGCAAAUCAGUCACAUAUACAUGACCACUGUUAUUAUUCAACAUCUUCCAGUCGCAGCGAUCCGCGAAGGCUUCAUUCCAUGAGGAGUUCCAAGUCAUACACCAUUUUUGUCUCCGGUUGUUGAGACCUGCGAAACACCAUUUCAAAACCAUCGACGCCUGCCUUUCAGCAUUACUCGUGCCACAGAAUGAAAAACUUCAUUGAGCGCGCAACUGUUAUAUAAGCUCCACUCAAUACUGCAUGCUAAAUUAUAAGCACGUAAUAGUGCACCUCCAAGAGUGUGCAAAGCAGUGGCCAAUCACAAUGCGCGAAAUUUGUUGACCCUUUCCAAACACGCAUUGGGUCAACAGUAAUGCGUAAUGUGAUUGGCCAACGCGUUACAAACUCUUGAAGGCACACUCUGCUGAAUCGCUGUGGGCUUAAUUGAAUACUCUUGGUAUUAUCAGACUGAUACCACCUACGGGCACAGUUAUUGUAACGAUUCUAGCGAAAGAAGACACCUUGAUUUAAUCUCUCAUGUCUUCCUGUCCAUAAAUAUUGUAAAGUGAAGGCUCCAGAGCCCGUAAAACCAAACCUCUUAAAUAGGUCCCAUCCGCUUCUCAGUGCGAACGGUUAUAACUUAAGCCUUUUUCAUUUUUGUCUUUUAUUUUGUAUUUCUCUUUCCAUAUAUAUACUGCAGUUUUGUUUAGUGAUAAAGAACGUUUCUAAACACUAUCUUGCUGUCAAUUUAUAACCAUAUACAUGUAGCUUGUUGAUAAAUAUGGACGCACACUGUUCACAGUCUAAACACGUUAAAGUAAACAAGAUAGUGUUUAAUCGCUUAAUACAGAUUAUAAAGUGUACAUGAGGUGGUAAUCAAUACUCUAAUAUUCGAAUAGCUUAUAAAUAAAACAGCUCAGUUGAGUGGACGAA